AUGUCUUGUCCUUCAAAUUCCAUAACCUACAAUAGUACCCUUUGUGCUUGUGCACCUGGCUAUGUUCUCAACGUUGUGUCAAAGAGUUGCAACCUCUUCGACACAGAUUCAACUGUAACUACAGAUUCUGGCGUGGACUACUAUGCUUUUAGACUCCCUGAGACACUUUCUGGCUUUGAUAACAUCAAGAAGUUUACACAAUCACAAGCUGUGUUCUUGGAAGCCACGUUUGUUAUGCUUCUCUCUUGGCUUCUCUUUUGCUUUUUUCUUAGGUUCAUGAGCCUUGGUGAUGGCCGUGGUGUUUGGUUCAAACUUAGAUGGUUUAUCAGUCGGUUGGAUGUUUGCUUUGCUACCAGACAUUGGUUGGAUGAUAAAAAAGUAGUAACCAAACGCAAAACUGAACUUGGUGGAGCUUUCUCCAUAGCAAGUUGGAUACUCUUUAUCGGAUUAUUUGCUGCGUUGUUGUACCAGAUCAUAUCGAAGAGAUCGAUUGAGGUUCAUAAUGUAAGAGCAACAAGUGCGCCAGAAUUAACCUCGUUUCUCAAUGACAUGGAGUUCAAUAUAACAACCGUAUCUAGUAUGAGCUGUGCAAAUUUACGUGAUCUCGGUAAUUUAGUUUCGGGGAAUCCAGGCUUUAUUGACGAAAGAGUUGUUUCUCUGUCAACUUUAGUAAACUACUCAUGUCACAACUCGAGCAAGGGACCAACCAUAGCACUCAAGUGUAAAGGUUGCAAGCUCGUCUCCGAUCACAUGUACAUUUCGUGGCAAUUCAUUGAUCUCCCAAAUAGUCCUGCCACUGCUGUUGGCUAUGAAUUUCAUCUCGCUGCAACGGAUAGUGCUAAAAAACACAUGAGUUUUGUUAAUGGGACACUAAAGAAUGGAAGCGCUUUUGAUGAUAGACCAGUUACAUUCAGAGGGAGGCAAUCAAAUAUUUUGAAAUUCAAUCUUUUUCCUCGAAUAUACCAUAAUUUACACGAUCUAAAGCUCAUUCAGCCUUUGUUUCACGAGUUCCUCCCCGGUUCAGUUUUUCACGAUACAAAUCAACUUCAAACUUCCCUUGAAAAUUCUGUUGAUGGACUUGUCAACACAACAUUGUAUAUCAAUUUUCUCUCUGCUUAUGUUGUGGAGGUUGAUAAAGAGAAUAUUUUGGGUCCUGUGAGCUUCCUUGCAGACCUUGGAGGCCUGUAUUGCAUUAGCAUAGGCAUCUUUUUCUAUCUAUUGAUACAGUGUGAAUACAGGGUAAAGAAGCUCAGAAAUGAGGACAGUGUUUUGCAGUCAAUUAGAAAUCGGCGUAAAGCUCAAGAUAAUUGGGCCAAAUUGAGAAAAUAUGUAAAGUACACCUACGGCUGUCCUACAAUGGAUGAUGACAACUACGAUAAAUCUAAAAAUGAACCUUGUUGCAAUGGGUUAAUGUUGCAUUCAGUUCGCAGCGGUGGAUCAUCACAUAAGCGAAGGCAGCAGAGUAGAGCAAGUUCUAUAAAUUUGUACAAGAAACCGAGUUUACCUGCCAACAAGACACUGGCCAGCAAACCGGUUGAAUCUACUAAUGAUUUGACACUGCGUUAUGAAAAUACGACAAAGAAUCAGAGUGUUGGUUCAAGCAGAGAUUUUCCACCAUUUCAAACUCGAGAAUCGUCUAUUAUUGAUGAUAACUUUAUUCCUCCUCCACCUUUGCUGGAAUGCAAGAGUGGUUCUGAAAUGGAUAUGUCUGAUGUUCAGAAGAAUCUCAAAAAUUUAUACGAGUAUAAUGCUAUGCUAAGGGAGAGAUUGUUAGCUGCGCAGUCUUUGCUCCAAUCUUCAUCAUCUAAUCACUCUUCUCAAAUAAAAAGCAACGGAACUUAG